AUGCGACUGGUGACCAAGGUGCUCACCGACCUCAAGCUCAGCAACAUGAACAUCGGCCCCGAGGGGGUCAUCAGCGUUGUGCGAGUCGAGCGGAAGCGCAAUAAGAUAACCUCGUUGACCUUAGAUGAUUGCAGCAUCGGCCCGGAUAGCAUUGGAGAGAUUGCUAAGUAUGUGUUGGAGAGCAAGGUGCUGACCGAGCUCAGUCUUGGUGGGGAGGACGAUAUCGGUGACAAGGGCGCCAUCGCGUUCGCAACAACAGGGCUGAAGCUAAACUACAACGGCAUCGAUUUUCUGGGCUUAGAGAUCCUAGCCUCGACUCUUCGCGUGAAUAAGGUGCUGACCGAACUCUGGCUCAGCGACCAAGGGACUUGGUACGAGUUCAACAGGGGCGAUAUAGAGAGAGUGAAACUGCGUGCGGAUGGCGACCCGCGCCGGCGUAAUAAUUCUUAA